GAGACUUAGAUUGAUUCCAAAUCUUGGCUAUUGUGAGUAAUGCUGCAGUAAAAUGCAAGUACAGAUACCUCUUCGAUAUACUUAUUUUAUUUCCUUUGACUAAAUAUCCAGUACUGCAAUUUCUGAAUCAUAUGGUAGUUCUAUUUUUAAGUUUUUAUAGAAGUUCCACAUUGUUUUCACUAUUGGCUAUAGUAAUUUACUUUCUCACCAACAGUGUACAAGGGUUCACUUACUACAAAGCCUCACCAAACUUAUCUUUUGUCUUUUUGAUAAUAGCCAUUUUAAAGGUGUGACAGGAUAUCUCACUGUAGUCUUAAUUUAUGUUUCCUAGAUGAUUAGUGAUGUUGACAAUUUUUUCAUACCUAUUGGAAGUUCAAAUGGUUUUAAUGCUAAAGUAGAAAUAGGCUUUCAUAACUUUGAUUUCUCUCUGUCCAGUUUACUAAUAUAAUUAUCAUAAUUUAUAUUCUCUCCUGUUAUUCUCCUUCAGGAGGCACUGCUACCAAAGCAAAUGGAUGGGGCAAAUCACUCUGAGGUGUCAGAGUUUGUGUUCCUAGGACUCACCGAUUCCUGGGAGAUCCAACUUCUCCUCUUUGUAUUCUCCUCUGUGUUUUAUGUGGCUAGCAUAAUGGGUAAUUCCCUCAUUAUACUCACUGUAACUGCUGACCCUCACUUACAUUGUCCCAUGUAUUUUCUAUUGGCCAACCUCUCCUUCAUUGACAUGGGUGUUUCUUCUGUCACUUCUCCCAAGAUGAUUUAUGACCUUUUCCAAAAGCACAAAGUCAUCUCCUUUGGAGGUUGCAUUGCUCAGAUCUUCUUCAUCCAUGUCAUUGGUGGCGUGGAGAUGGUGCUGCUCAUAGCCAUGGCCUUUGACAGAUAUGUGGCCAUAUGUAAGCCUCUCCACUACCUGACCAUCAUGAGUCCACGAAUGUGCAUCUUCUUUUUAGUGGCUGCCUGGAUGACAGGCCUCAUCCACUCUGUGGUUCAGUUGGCUUUUGUAGUAACCUUACCCUUCUGUGGUCCUAAUGUGUUGGACAGCUUUUACUGUGACCUUCCUCGGUUUAUCAAACUUGCCUGCACAGAUACCUACCAACUAGAGUUCAUGGUCACAGCCAACAGUGGAUUCAUCUCUGUGGGCUCCUUCUUUAUACUGGUCAUCUCCUAUAUCUUCAUCAUUCUCUCUGUUCAGAAACACUCUUCAGCUGGUUCAUCAAAGGCUCUGUCUACACUUUCAGCUCACAUCACUGUGGUAGUCUUGUUCUUUGGUCCUUUGAUAUUCUUCUAUACAUGGCCAUCUCCCUCCACACACCUGGAUAAGUUUCUGGCCAUCUUUGAUGCAGUUCUUACUCCUGUUCUGAAUCCUAUCAUCUACACGUUCAGGAAUCAAGAAAUGAAGGUGGCAAUGAAGAAAGUAUGCAGACAGCUAGUGAGUGACAGAAAGAUCUCUUAAAUAAAUAUUUGUAUUGUCAAGAGUCCUCAUUGAGUAUUAAAGUUCAUUGUGAAGGUCAACUCAGAGAGAAGCUUCUUUUACUCCUACUUUGAUUUGAUCAUCCACAUUGAUAUUGGCUGUAUUUUGUCUUUCAUUUAGGAGGGGGGACAUUUGG